AUGUCAGUUAUGAGAGUGGAAGAAAAAUACAAGAUUGAUGAUACAGGAUCUGGAUCAGACGGAGAAACAGGCGGAGGAGGCAGGAAGCCAGCAAGAGGUCGUGGCCGUGGCCGACGAGGUCCAAACGUACAGAGCUCCGGUGACCACAAAGGACGCUUGGAGCUGAAAACAAAGGAUCAGAUCAUGAAGCAGCGCAAGAAAAAGCAGAAGCACCAGUUCCUGCAGGGCGGGGGGAUGAGCAAGCUCUGCUCCAAGAACAAAAAGUGGCUCGGAGAAGUGAAAAGUCAGGUUUUGGAAGGUGGCCAUAAGAAAGGCAAGCUGAGGAAGAAGCUGUGA